UUUUUAUUUUGCUCUGGUUUAAGUCACGUGUUACCGUGAGGUUCUAGCUGAGCUUUUAUUUUGAAGUGUAAAGGUAAACUUAACGGUUCCUGUUUACGUCACCGGAAGAACAUUAGCUGUGCAACAUGGCGUCCGGCAGUGGUGCAAAGAAUGAUUUUCGGCGCAAGUGGGACAAGGAUGAGUAUGAACAAUUGGCUCAAAAGCGGAUCACAGAGGAAAGAGAGAAAAAAGAUGGCAAACCCGUACCCCCAGUCAAACGAGAGCUCCUCCGGCACAGAGACUACAAAGUGGAUUUGGAGUCUAAGCUUGGAAAGACCAUCGUCAUCACAAAGACCACGCCACAGGCUGAGAUGGGAGGGUACUACUGCAAUGUUUGUGAUUGUGUUGUGAAAGACUCCAUCAACUUUUUGGAUCACAUUAAUGGCAAGAAGCACCAGAGGAACCUGGGAAUGUCAAUGAGAGUGGAACGCUCCUCGUUGGACCAAGUUAAAAAACGUUUCGAGGUGAACAAAAAGAAACUGGAAGAAAAACAAAAGGAGUACGAUUUUGAAGAACGAAUGAAGGAAUUGCGAGAAGAGGAAGAAAAGGCAAAAGCAUACAAAAAGGAGAAGCUAAAAGAAAAGAAACGAAAAGCAGAAGAAGACCUUAAUUUUGAAGAUGAUGAUGAAAUGGCUGCUGUAAUGGGAUUCUCAGGAUUCGGUUCCUCCAAAAAGGGCCAUUGAAUAUUAAUGUGUUGCGUGUACCAAUGCUGAGGCCUCACUGUUCUAUUUGGCUUGAGGACUGGUCUGAUUUUUUUUUUUUAAAUGCACAAUGAGAAUACAAUGAGAAAAUUCAAAGCCAACAACUAAUCCACUUAUUUUGCCAUCCUUGGUUAUUUGAUAUUUUAGUACUUGUCUAAGUCUGGUGAUUUAGUAUUCCAAUCAUUUGUCCAGUCUCUACUAUAGAUUUGUAGUUACACAGUAAACUAAAGCAAUAUGGCAUUGAUCUAAUGAAUCUCUCACUGACAUGAGGUAAAGUGUGUAGGUGCUAAAGGAUAAAACGUUUGUUUUUUUCCCUUAGCUUUUGGUCCUCUUUUAAGAUUUGAAUGUUUGUUGACUUUUUUUUCAUGUUCAUUUUACAUUAAAAACCUUUUAACCUUUUUAUUUGAAUAAAUAUUUAAUUACUA